AUGGCUCUAGGCCGAAUUCAGAUCACAUCUCCCGGUUCCCAAAACCCGAUUUUCGAUAAACUUGUCCCCACCCCUCCUCCCUAUCAUCCACCCGCGCUAGCCAAUCAGUGCACUGCAGUGACCAAUACCGCACACACAGCUGCCGCGCUAUUGGCUUGUCACAUUGCAUCGAUGAAAAGCACUCGCGCGAAUAUAGAUGCAGACUUCGCUCGCAGUUGCCCAGACAGGGAUUCUAUGAAUUGCUUUGGUCUUAUGAGUGAACUCAUGUCCGCAGUUGACAUUCUUUCAGCGCGACAAAAUCAAUGGAAUUCAUCGAAUGAUGCAAAGAGUACAAUUCAAGUUCUCGAAGCCGCACAAAGUUCCACUCUUCUCUUCGUCCGAAAAUCAGUUGAUGAGCCCGAUGACGAAGCGGGUAAACCUAAAGAUCUUCGCUAUUUCGACGAAGAUUCGGCCUGUUCAAUGUUCUUCCGUCACUCAACAUGCUAUGAUGUUCUACCGGAAAGUGGAAAACUCCUUGUUUUAGACUCAACUCUGCCAAUUCGCCGUGCUAUGCAAGCACUUGUCGAUCAUUCAUUAUCAGCCGCACCUGUUUGGUGUAAUCGACUUCAAUGUUAUACCCAGUUGCUCACAACCGACCUCUGCCUUCGUCUCUUGGCCCAAGCCUUUCCUCUUGAUACUGCAUCGUCUUCACCCUCUCCAGCUACUGGCAGUGAUGAAGAUGUUUCCGUUAGAAAAAGAAACAGUGAUCCCAACGUUAUGUUCUAA